UUAUGUUUCAGCUGAUGGAUUUUAUGAAUACAUGAUGAUUGAAUGCAUCUACAGCACCAGUGAUUACAGUGAUAUGGUGUUUCUUGUGUCAAUGUCCUUCAAUAAAGUUCUGGAUGCACAGUACAACAGCACUGUUGGGAAGUUUGUGUGGUUCACUGAGCAGGCAGAGAAAAGUGCAGAGAUCUGGAACAAUAAUCAGGCCUUUAUGCAGGGGCUGAAAGCUGAUGUGGACACAUACUGCAGACAUUAUGCUCGGAUCGUGGACUCAGCUGUCCGUGAUAAAACAGUAAAACCGAAGGUUAAGCUCAGUUCAGUGAAGCAGGCUGAAGGCAAUCAUCCAGCUGUGUUGAUGUGCAGUGCAUAUGAAUUCUACCCUGAAAGAAUCAAAGUGUCCUGGCUGAGAGACGGUAAACUGAUGACCUCUGAAGUGACCUCCACAAUGGAGAUGGCUGAUGGAGACUGGUACUACCAGAUUCACUCUCAGCUGGAAUACACUCCUAAAUCUGGAGAGAAGAUCUCCUGUGUGGUGGAGCACGCCAGCUCACCUCAACCUAUUGUUAAAGACUGGAAUCCCUCUAUUUCGGAGUCUGACAGGAAUAAAAUCACUAUUGGAUCCUCUGGUCUGGUACUGGGAAUCAUCAUUGCAGCUGCUGGACUCAUUUACUACAAGAAGAAAUCAUCAGGUCAGUGGAGAUGA